AAACGUGCCGCCUGUUGAACGCAACACAAAACGCGAGCGCAACGCAUGCGCAACCGAAGCAAACCGCCAAAAACAAAAAACACGCCCUCCCCAAAGAAAUUGACGUGAUAAAAUGUGUAUUAAGUAAAACGGCGGAAAAAAAGCAGAAAACUAAAUUUAAAUAAAACACAAAACUACAAAUCUUUAAUGGUAAACUGAUAAACAAAGAAAAAAAAUGGUCAUGGAGAUGUCCAAGACGUAUCAGUAUCGGAAGGUGAUGAAACCUCUGCUCGAACGCAAACGUCGUGCCAGGAUCAACAAGUGUCUGGACGAUCUCAAGGAUCUGAUGGUCGAGUGUCUGCAGCAGGAGGGCGAACAUGUCACACGAUUGGAAAAGGCAGACAUCCUUGAGCUGACUGUGGAUCAUAUGCGCAAAUUGAAGCAGCGCGGUGGAUUAUCACUGCAGGGAGCCAUCAUAAAUACUGGCAGCGAUGCCAGCUCAAGUACCGCCCAUGUCGAGUCCUUUCGUUCGGGCUAUGUCCAUGCGGCUGAUCAGAUUACUCAGGUUUUGCUACAGACCCAACAAACUGAUGAGAUUGGUCGCAAGAUUAUGAAGUUUCUAUCGACGCGUCUGAUUGAGUUGCAAACUCAAUUGUUGCAACAGCAACAACAACAACCCCAGAGAUCUCUGCCUGCCGUCGGUUUUUCGUCUGGUCGUUUGGCCUUUCCAUUACUUGGUGAUUACGGUGCCGCCGCCGCUGCAGCCGCAGCUAGUUACAGUGCCUAUUUAGUCGGCAAGGAUGAACUGAUCGAUGUGACCUCAGUGGAUGGGACAGGUCUAUCCGAGACGGCCUCCGUGACGUCAAAUGAAUCUGGUGCAUCGGAGCCUGUCUGGCGGCCUUGGUAAAAUACCUAAAUCCUGUUCCCAUCGGUAAAUCUAGAUCUAGAUGUUAAUUAUCAUUUAGUAUUCCCAAAAUGGCUAUUAAUCAAAACAACCAACAAACCAACAAAAUCUGUUGUCUUCCAAAGUAAAAUCAACAAAUUGAAACCCAUCCAAUUAUGGGUUCAUAUUUGAAUUUGUUUUUCUUUACUUAUUAUUAAUUAUGAAAUAUUUUUAGUAUUUUUAAAUUUAUUAUUAAAUUGUAAAUGAUUUCUUUUCUGAACUGUGAUAUAGUACGAGACGAUCAUUCGAUUUCCUAAAAAACAAAAAUCAUAAAUAAUAAUAAUCAAAUGUUUCCUAAUUGCAUAUUUUAUAUCCCAAUUAUGUAUAUGUAUAGAAAUAGAAUUAAAAAUUAAGCUUUAAAUAAUUUAUAAAUGUUAAUUUAUCAGUUGAACAGAACAAAACAUAAAAAUGCAAAUAAAAUAUAAAAAGAGAAAAAUCAAA